GGCUAUAUAUGAUCGGCAAUAUAACCCGCAGGACAUGCCAGUCGACAAGAUUACACAUGUCCUCUAUGCUUUUGCAAACAUUCGACCGACCACAGGAGAGGUUUACCUGUCCGAUGAACAAGCUGACAUCAAAAAGCGAUUUCCCACGGAUUCUGCAACUCAACCAGGGAACAACGUCUAUGGAUGCGCGAACCAGCUCUAUUUGCUUAAGAAGCGUAACCGAAAUUUGAAGGUUCUCCUAUCAAUCGGAGGAUGGACUUAUUCCGAAAACUUCGCACCCGCUGCCAGCACGGAAGCGGGACGCAGCAUGUUCGCUGAGUCGGCAGUGAAACUGAUGUUGGACAUGGGCAUGGAUGGUCUGGAUGUCGACUGGGAGUACCCUAAAGAUGACAAGGAGGCUCAAGAUUUUGCGGCUCUUCUUAAAGCUGUUCGACAGAAAUUGAACUCCGUAGCAGGAGGGCGCAAAUUCCUUCUUACCAUUGCUGCUUCAGCUGGAGCGGAGCAUUAUGAGAAGCUGCACUUGAAGGAGAUGGGCCAGGACCUUGAUUUUAUCAAUAUUAUGGCGUACGAUUACGCUGGCUCUUGGUCUGCCAUGGCGGGCCACCAGGCAAACCUUAGACCGUCAAUGUCAAACCCGCAGUCAACAUCCUUUUCCACUGAAGCCGCACUCGAUUACUACAUCAACACGGGCGGCAUCCCCGCCUCAAAACUUGUCCUCGGAAUGCCUCUCUAUGGCCGAGCCUUUGCUAACACGGAAGGUCCUGGCAAGCCCUACCAAGGAAACGGAGGUGCUGGAAGCUGGGAACCGGGAAUCUGGGACUACAAAUCUCUCCCACAGCCUGGUGCCAAAGAAUUCAUGGAUCCGAUGGUAAACGGCGGAGCCGGUGCAUCGUGGAGUUAUGAUCCCAGCAAGAAGCUUAUGAUCUCCUACGACACCGUGCCAAUGGUUGAAGCAAAGACGAAAUACAUCGUUGACAAGGGCCUGGGCGGAGCCAUGUGGUGGGAGGCCAGUGGUGACCGCGGGGGCAAGGACGCAACCAAGGCUGGUGGAAGCUUGAUUGCCACAUUUGCCGAAGAUGUGGUUAAAGCAGGAAAAAUGGGGCUGGACAAGACGCAGAAUGCACUACAAUAUUCGGAGAGCCAAUACGACAAUAUCAAGGGUUAAACGUCGCGAAAUUAGAUAGUGGGAUGUGGCGCUGGGCUUGCCACACAGGGCCUUUCGAUUCUUACCCCUUUCUUUUCUUCUUUUCUUCUUUUCUUCUUUCUUUUUUUCUCUCAUCUUUUUUCUGCCCUUUUCACUUCAUGCUGUGCAUUCUCCACAUGCUGGACUUACAUUCUUCGUUGAUACCCCGCGCUAUUGUGCCGGACGCAGUGAGAUUCCGCUCUAGAAGGGCUGGAACUACUUAUGAUUGAUGUGAAAUGAUUGCUCAUCUCUUGAUUUGGCUUUUUUUUUUGACUUCGCCUGUAUAUGAAUAUUGUGUGGUAGAUCUGUGGAUGC